AUGGUCCAGCAAUUGGACAUUAUUUAUUCAGUGGCCGAAAAGCAAGGUCUUGACUUCAACUUUUUGCUGGCCGACCUCAGCCAACAGGUCUCGCGAGGUGCUUGGCGAGAUGAUGGCAACAUUCCGACGCUGACAACGGGCAGUCUUUUGUAUAGCUUCAGCCAGCACAGGCCCUUCAUCGGUGAGGAAUGCCUGCGACUAAAUGGUUUUCCUAUCGAGCAGCUCAACUUGGAUGCGCACACCGAAGCCGAGCGCAUUUUCCUUGCUGGCAAUGCGAUGUCCGUGCCUGUGGUUGGAGCAGUGCUUUUUGCUGCCCUAGUCUCCCUCUCUUGGGGAGAGAUGCGCACUGUUUCUUGCGGCUUGCUGCCAGAACCAAUGCAGAAGCGGCCUGACGUCAGAAAGUUGGCACAACCAGGAUCGAUUGUAUUGGCCCGACUUGGACCUUCUUUGGCAGACGAUGACUGCGAGGUCUCACUAACUUCUGGAGAAGACGCGCAGGCUGCGGAGGACUCUGCUAUUGCGCGGCGGGCUGCUGUUCUCUUGGCGCUCACUCGUGAGUUGGCUACUGAAGUACAUAAGCGUCAAAAGACCAACAAGGAGGAGAAGAAAGGGCAAAAGGAAUCAGGUGAGAGCUCCAAAAGCAGUGGUUUGGCGGCUGUGUUGCAGGCGGCACCAUCUCCACCAGAGUCAAGCCCCAGCGGCGAUGGCACAGGUUGGGAAAUGCGCUACAGCAAGGUCUUGGAGCGGCUGAAGGCACCAAGAGAGGAAUCUUUGCUGCCUAAUGACUCGUUGAAGAAAUGGCUGCGAGAAUCUGGUGACCUGUUGAUGGGCAUGGAUCGUGAUGAGAGGAACCAGUCAGCCAAAGAUUUGCAGCAGUUUGUGGUGAAGUCACUAGAGGUUUUGCAGAAGGGCACGGAGAUCACACAAAUUGUCGAUCUAGGACUGGAAGACACAUUGAUGCAGCUUUGCAAUCUUCGCUUUCCUGAGGCCAAAGUUCUUCUUGGGCGUGUGGCAGUGCUGAAGCUGCAGCGGAAAUUAUCUUCGAAGCAGGAGGAAGAUCAGGACGCAGACACCAACUGGCUGGACCAGGUUGCUGCGGGAUGGGAUGUUGCGUGUUCACUGAUGACACAAUUGCGGAAUAUGAGCAUUUGCCCUGCAUUGAGAGACGUGCCCCAGUGUAAGCACAGCGUGGGAAUGGCCAGGCGCUUUUGGCUUUUCACAGGACUCUUGGUGGCCUUCCUGCAAUCUUCUAUUUCAUUGCUCUUUACUGGAUGUGCGUGGAGAAGUGAAAGCUUGAGUUUUUCAACAACACGGCGAGCACUGGAUCCUGAAGGGCUGGCAUCAUUCAGCUCAUUCUCGGUCCUGGCAGGGUCCCCCAUCCCCUUGGCAUUGGGUGGCUUGCUUCGGCGCGCUGAGAUUGUGGAGAAGAACCAGCCAACUCAACCUACUCGGCCAGGGAAGAAUCAAUUGGCUUUUCCGUUCUUCCCUUUCCCUCCAUCACCUGCGCCAGAUGCUGGUUCUCCUGCGACGCCAGAGCCGAGAGACUUGAUGUGGGCGUUUCCGUCCUUUGCAGUGUUUCUUGAGAAAGUCGAUGAAACAGCACCGGCUCAGUUUCCGCUGUGGGCUCGUUGGUUGUGCCUAUUGACCUUUUGGCCUGGAGUGAUUUGGUAUUUGUAUUACAAGCUCCUUGUGGAGGACGAUUUGCGAGUGUAUCGUGGCUUGGGAAUUGGUGGUUCGCUUGUCAUCGCGCCCUUUGCGCUAGGACUGUUUGCAGGUGUUUUCGGGGAAUUUGCUUUUGGUUCACUGGAAGGAGGCUUCUUUGACAAUGGCUUCUCCACGGCAUUCUACAGUGCCUUUGCAUGGAUAUACCUAAACCAGUGGUUCUUGUACCAGAAGGUGAACCAGCUCAUGGAGGAGGCAGGCAGGCCGGCGCCCUUGGAUCCCUUUGGGCUCUUUAUCCCGGGAUGGAACUUUGUGACGGGCAUUCGGCAGAUUCAUUUUUUGGCCGAGUACUGGGCAAUUCAACGUGGUGAGGAAUUGCCGCGAGAUGCGUUUGCAGAGCUAUUCCCCUUUGCAAAGAAGCCGACCCUGUCGCUCCUGGAGCUGUCCACGACACCGAGCUUGUGGUUUAACUGGUCAGUCAUUUUCAAGAGCUCGUAA